AUGAAUGCGCCAGUAGAUUCCCUUGGCAUGCCUUUGCGCACAUACAGUGCAGCUCCACGUUUUGGAGGUGACUACACUCAGCUGGUCAACUUCCUGGAGUCAGUAGAACGACUUGCGCAACCACUUGGGCUGUCAGAUAAGGACAUCAUCAAGUAUGCCUUGAAGUAUACUGCGCCUAACGAGAGAGAGCUGUUUUCAAAUGUGGCAUUGAGCGCCGUUAUACACGCCCUACUAGCGCGCAAUCCGCUAUUCCGCUUCCGCCUUGAAGCGCACCAUGAAGCGCCACUCGUAGGCGCACCUCAGCAACCAGAACACGCCUUAGAUCAGCCAGCAGUUGCAGUCAUGGCGCCAGUACACGAAACACGUGAAACCAUUCCCCUUCCGCCUACUCCAGCAUCGCCUAUCAUUGAAAUUGCUUUCGCACCAGCCCAUAUCGAGGCGCCUAUUGUAGGCGAACCUACAGAGCUUCAAAGCGACCCAGAAGAUCAGUUGGACGAAGUUGUUUUACCCCAGCAAGAAGUACAAGCACCUACCGCUAUCGCGAACGCGCUAAACGCGCCACUAGAGGAGAUCGCAUCACCCAUCAUCAACAACGACCUCAAACCCCCAUCGCAUUUUAGCGCGCCUAUUCAGGAGCAUUCUGCAGUGCCAGAGCUCCAAAAUGCGCCAUACCUUGACCAGAGUUUGUCUCUGGUAAAUCCGCUUGUUACUGACAAUACCGUGCAUAUUGCGUGUUCCGCUUUCAGUGACUUCCGCUUGCCAGUCAAACAUCCUUGCAUCACAUCACCCACUCACCAUAUAGAUCAUGUCUCAGGCGACCCUGACGCGCCUCCAGUGCACCCUAUGGCGCCUGAAAUCGUGCAGUUUGCGCGCCUAGAGGCAAUGUACAUUCAACCUUCGCCUUUUUCGCCUUUUUCGCUUGUUUCGCAUUUUUCGCUCUCAAGGAGUUUUUUAUCAGUUGCUAAUACUUUGCUUUCCCCUUCAAUCAAGCUCACCAUCAUUCCCUCACUUAGGCGCCACAGUCGCGCGCCUAACGCCUUAAUUCUCACGCCGAAGGCGCCCAUCAUUACACCAAAGUUUUCCCUCGAUCGCGUUUUUACCACCUUAUCACUUUUAAAUCGCAUUCCUUGCAUUCAUCAUGACUUAUAUUUCAAUCAGCCAUUCAGGCGCGACUUAGGCGCGUGCCUGGCAUGUACACAUCCGCCUACAGCAUCCAUCAUUACAAUUAACUUCACAUCAUUUGUCCUUAUUCGCAUUUUUCGCGUUUUCGCCUAUCACGUCCAUAUCACCUUUUCAUUUUCUAUCAAACACCAACCAUUCAUGACCAAGCGCCUAUGGCGCCUUGAUAAAUCGUCCAUACUCAUCAUCUGCGCCUUAUUCGCGCCUAAUCUUGCUUCAUAUUCAUCUUUCACUAACGCGUUUUCAGUAUAUCAGCCUAUCCUCGCAAAUCCAGAGGAUAUAAUCAUUUUCGCGCCUAAAUGCGCUAACGUGCCAGCGUCGCCUGCAGCCUAUCAUGCUGUAGUGCAUCUCUACUACCCUCGCCUCGCCUCGCCUUGGCGCGCGCCUAAUAGGCGCCACCAAGUGCAAGAAUUCAUCCCUCCAGUCACUAGUCCGCCGCCAUCGCGACACCUGUUUCAUAGCGCGCCUAGUGGGACUUGGUUUGGACAUGGGUUGGACCACUUCCUCAACACGCAGUUUCGCCUUCCACACCUUGGAUAUCACUGGACAUUCGCCUCUUCACCUUCCCUGCACUAUGCGAUGCUUACGCGGCAUACGCGACAUUCGCGCUUAUCACGCACAUCCGCGCACCUCAGGCGCCUCAAGCGCGAAUGUUCCCGCGCCUUACACAGCACAUUCACGCCACACUCGCAUCAUCAGCCAUCUAUUGUCAUCAUGAGUUCGCAUCCUUACGCCAUCUUGAAGAGUCGCUAUCACUUGAAUACCGCAUUCGCGCACUUCCGCUUCAUAAGCGCGAAUGUUCCCACGCUUCGCGCGCCUAUGACGCCUUAUUCACGCGCAUACACACAUCACUCUCGCCUCAUUGCAGUCAUCUCCAUAUCAUUCAGGCAGUUGUCACCAUCACAUCCCCAAGCUUUUGAUUGUGUUUGCACACACCAGAGUCACUUCGCGCAUUCCGCUGUUCUACCGCGCUUUCACGCCCCUAUGACGCCUUACGCCUGCGCCUCUCCCGCGCCUAGCGCGCCAUUGUUUUGCCAGUCUCGCCUCAUCACAUUCGCCUCAGACACGCUCGCAGUACACUCCUCUCGCAUCACAUACCCCCAUCACAACUUCGCUUGA